CCCAAGUCUUAAGAGGCCCAGCUAAAAGUGGGACCCUCUGUUCCUCCUCCUUUCGCUUUUAUCUUAUCUGCGCAAAGAAUCCAUGGUGUGUAACUAACUAUUCAUCCAUUACCUGACUUCCUCUAAGCACAGUAGCCAAAAUGGCUUCUUUGACACAACAAUUCGGAGGGUUGAAAUGCCCACCAAUUUCAACAGCAAGGCUUCAAUCCAAGAAGCUUAAGGUGAAUCCCAUUAAUCAUCAGAAUAAGGCUAACAAAGCAAGAAUAGUAGCACAAGCUGCAGCAGUGGUCACAAAUGCACAAACAAGAGAAAGACAAAAGCUUAAGGAGAUGUUCGAGGAUGCCUAUGAGCGAUGCCGUACUGCACCUCUGGAAGGUGUUGCCUUUACUGUUGAAGAUUUUCACUCUGCCCUUGAAAAAUAUGAUUUUGACUCCGAAGUUGGUACCAAGGUCAAAGGAACAGUUUUCUCUGUGGAUGCAAAUGGAGCUCUAGUUGACAUCACUGCAAAAUCAUCUGCAUACUUGCCUUUACGAGAGGCUUCACUUCACACCAUCAAGCACGUAGAGGAAGCCGGAAUAUAUCCUGGUUUGCGUGAGGAGUUUGUGGUGGUUGGCGAAAAUGAAGCUGAUGAUAGUUUGGUUUUGAGCUUGCGUUCGAUUCAAUAUGACCUUGCAUGGGAACGAUGUAGGCAGCUACAAGCUGAAGAUGUUGUUGUCAAAGGCAAGGUCGUUGGUGCAAAUAAAGGUGGAGUGGUGGCUCUGGUGGAGGGGCUUCGUGGUUUUGUUCCGUUCUCGCAGAUAUCAACGAAAUCAACUGCAGAGGAACUUUUGGAAAAGGAGCUUCCUCUGAAGUUUGUUGAGGUUGAUGAAGAGCAAUCCAGACUUGUGCUCAGCAAUCGUAAGGCCAUGGCUGAUAGUCAGGCACAAUUAGGAAUAGGCUCAGUCGUUCUUGGAACAGUUCAGAGCUUGAAACCAUAUGGUGCCUUCAUUGACAUUGGUGGGAUCAAUGGCCUUCUUCAUGUGAGUCAGAUCAGUCAUGAUCGUGUCUCUGAUAUUGCAACAGUCCUCCAGCCUGGUGACACUCUCAAGGUCAUGAUAUUGAGCCAUGAUCGUGAGAGAGGUCGAGUGAGCCUUUCAACAAAGAAGCUAGAGCCUACACCUGGUGACAUGAUUCGCAAUCCAAAGCUUGUCUUUGAGAAAGCUGAGGAGAUGGCCCAAACAUUCAGGCAGAGAAUUGCCCAAGCUGAAGCCAUGGCCCGUGCAGAUAUGCUGAGGUUCCAGCCUGAGAGUGGAUUGACCCUGAACUCUGACGGGAUUUUAGGCCCGCUGACCUCUGAACUACCCGAGGAUGGACUGGAUUUGAGUGAGAUUCCGCCAGCUGAAGAUUUAUGAAUUCUAAAUGGACAACCCGCUUCUUUUAGACCUUUUUGUUUCAGAAAUUGUAUAAAUGCUGUUUGUAGGUUUAGGAACCAUUCACGAUAAACGUAUUCCUUCGGCAAUUAUUCUAUUGUAUUAUUACCAUGAUUCUAAACAAUUUGGCUUGCACUUCUUGCUAAGAAUGAAGCAUUGUUAAAUAGCAAUAACUGUUAAAGCAUA